UGCAAACGUCUCAAGCUGAAGUGCGACAGACGAACACCGUGCUCGUCGUGUCUGAAGCGCGACACUGUUCAGCGGUGCGUCUAUUCGCAAGCCGCCGCAGAAAAGAUCGACGUACAGUCGUGCAUAACCGCAUCCUUGUGGUCGAGGGUCUGCUGCAAAUUGAGCGAGGCACCGGCAGGCAUAUCGCUGCAGGCUGUACUCGGAAGCAGUGGUUCAAGGCCCGUUUGGAAGUGCGAGCACGCCUCCAGCUACCAUGCCAGGAGCAAUCGCGGCUCGAGUAUGAACUCUUCGGUAAUGCCGAGCAUCAGCAAUGACCGCGCGCUGCUCGCGACCGGCGCAAAGGGAGUUCUGUCGUGA